CUUUCCGAAACUGUUGCAAGUGUGUAUCUGCAUGUGGGCAUGCAUGGCCAUCAGCGCAUAGGGCUCGGUGUCAGCACCGUGUGCUAUCUGGUGACAUGGUUCACACUCUGCGACCAGCAUUGGGCGUACGACGUUUCAAGCCUUACGUCGUUUGGGCUGUGGUCCUACACCGGCACGGGAGUAUCGAUCAAGCUGGUCAACGCUGGCGCAGAUAAGCUUGGCUUCGACGUGGUCACGCCCAGCUUACGCCCGAGCACGUUUGGGACGUUCUGCUCAAUUCCCUCCAUCCACACGCACGAUCCAUGGUGUGGCUCGGCCACGGACUCAGCACGCGCGUUCCACAUCCUGGGCUUCUUUGCCGGCACCGUUAGCUACAUCAUUAGUACCCACGUCGUGUUCGAGCGUCCAUAUCCAUCUUGGGAUGGCGGGGGCGCCAAGGCGACGUUGCCUUGGGCUACAUUUCUCUCGUUUUGGCACGGAGUAUGCUCGCUGCUCGUUGUGUUGUCUUGGGGGCUGGCACAAGAAGCCAUGGAUGUCAUGUGCGUGGCCGACAACCUCACCAAGAAGCGCCCGUGCAUUUCGGCUACGUUUACUUAUUAUGUGGUUGUUGGGAAUGUUGUGGCACCGUUCUUUCUGUGGUGGUGGUGGCGGCAUGCCCACCUUUGGCUCGAAGCCAAGCACACGGGGGCAUUGAUGGACGGGUUUCUCUUGGCGGCGAAAACAGACGACAUUGACGAAAUUCUGGGCCAAGUCGCAGCCAAAGCAGACAUCAACGCGUUGGGAUCUGACGGCCGCAACGCACUGCAUUGGGCGUGUGCUCUCAACCGCAGCACUGUUGUGCAUAUUCUGGUGAAAAAGGGGGCCAACAUUAGCCAAAAAGACAGAGAUGGAUGGACACCGUUGCACUGGGCCAGCCGCAUGGGCAAUCCAGACGUUGUUCGGCUGCUUGUCAAGCAUGGCGCCGACGUGAAUGCCAAAGACACAUGGGGCACCACGCCGUUGAUGCUGACGGUGCUGGGGAAAAGCAAGACUGGGGCACAGUGCCUCCUCGAGUUGGGGGCCAACAUCAACGCGAGAAAUGUGUUUGGUCAGACUGCCAUCAUGCUCUGCGUGGCAGAAGACGCAGAAAUGCAUGCGUUCGUGGUCAUGCUGAUCAACGCCGAUGCGUCGCUGAAGACCCGUGAUGUACGAAGCUUGUAUGUUCCCACAACGGGGUGUUCCGUGUUUCUACCGGUAGUUUCAAGGCAUGAACGUCCUGCACUACGCCGCGAGCGCGGGACUCAAAAAUAUUGUCCAAGCGCUAGUCGAGUGCUGCUUGCCCGACCAACUCGUUCAAGUGAACAAGUAUGGUGACACGCCAUUGGCCGAAGCCCGCCUUCGAGGACGCGCCAACACGGUGGCCCUUCUGGAGCAUGCGAUCGAUCCAGCGUUGCCACCUCCAGAGUAUGCAGCCAGUGAAGGCGACGAAGACCCCCGACCGCGGCACUCGACGACGUUGUCUACAGAGGCUGACGACUCGAAUGACGACGAAACAUGAUAUGUAGAGCACAAAAUAUCAAGUUUCAGUAAAUAGUCGCGCUAGGCUAACUCUAAUUUUUCCAACAAGAGCGAGGUUCCUUUUUGUGCCUUGUGCGCCGGCGUCCAUUUGUUGCCCUUGAGGGCCUUGACCAAAGCUGGCUUUCCGCCCGCCACGUCGAGGAACGCGAGGAGAACGUACGCGCCACGGUUGGAUUCCGCCCACUGGGAGACGCGGGACGCAGGUAGCGCCGCGAGAAGCGCGGGGCCGACCGACGUCGUGUGCUGGAUCAGGCGCUGCAGGUGCUUGUGGGCGAUGGCAUCGGCGAACAGAGGUUCAAGGGUGCCAUCGGUAGGGGUUUCGUCGUGGACGACGGUUUUCACGACCGCGUCAAGGAGCUCGGCAUUAUCCGACUGCUUGGUGACCUCAAACAAAACGUGGCCGCCGCUCUUGGAGCGAAGCAGCGCGUCAACGUCCCCGGCGCACAUGGUUUCGAUGGGGGUCUUGAGACCUGCCCACAGUUCAUUGCGGCGGGUGUCGGGGUCCUUUUUGUAGUUGACCACGAGUUCGUUGGAAUCGUUGUCGGCAGGGACCAUGGGAGGUUGCAGCAGCGCAAUUUCGUCCGGGCCAAGGUACUUGGUGUUGAGAGGCGAGAGCAGUUGGAGCAGGACCUUGCUGCCGUUCUGGUGCAACGCCACGCUGAGCCAGUGGUCUUGCAGCUCAGACAAGACCGACUUUUGAACCAACACGGUGUCAUCCAACACGUCUAGCACGCGCAGCAGCACGAGGUACCCGCUGAUGUGGUUGGUUGCUUCGAGCACUUUGUCCUUGAGGGUCUUGAUCACGCGCUUGCGAUCUUUGGCAUUGCCCAAUGACAAGCACUUGACCACGACCUUGGCUCCGGCGCGAGUCGCCAAGAGCGCCACCGCCGCGUCGCGGAUGUUAGGGAUCAUGGCAUUGACCUGGUCCGGGGAUGCCACCGUCAAGUACUCGAGCAUCAAAGCUUGCACGAACGCAAGGCCGAGCAGCUGCUUGUCCACCAUCCGGUUGAGCACGUCGGCCACGUGCGUGAGGAUCUCCUGCUUCUUGGCCGGCGAUUGCUCGACCACGUCCGCCAGCGUCUUUUUCUUGGCCUCCAUCUCCGACUUGAAGUACGCAAAUUCCUUGCCGUAAAACUCGAGCUUGAGCCCGCUCAGCUGGCGCGGCUGCAAAAAGUCCUGCGCGCACUCCAAAAUGGUCGCGGCCACGUUGUGCGUGGCGAUCUUGACCACGCUGCCCGUGAGCUCCUUGACAAUCAGCGCGCGGUCGUCCUUGGACCCGUACUUGAGCAUCUUGGUCACCAAGAAGCACCCGUACUGGAGCUUGGCCAUUUCCAGAAUGUGUGGCAGCAUCUCCUUGAUCGUACUGCUGCGGUGCGCCACCGUGCCGUACUUGAGCAGCGACUGGAUCACACGCGACGCGUCAUGCUUGGCGGCAACGUCGUGAAUUUUGCCAGACACCAAGUGGAACAAUUCGUCCACAAGCGGCACACGCUUGACCUUGUCAAAGUCGCGCUCACGAAUGAGGUUCCAGAUCUCCUUGGCGCGCUUCACCAUCUCGUAAUGCGGACUACUCAUCUUGCGCUGCAGCUUGUAGUCGACAGGGGUCGCGGACUUGUCUCCCUUGCCCUGCCAAGGUUUCUUGUCGCCGUCCUUUCCUUGCCAAGGCUUCUUGGCACCAUCUUUUCCCUGCCAAGGCUUCUUGUCUCCAUCCUUGCCUUGGAAUGGCUUCUUGGCACCAUCCUUGCCCUGCCAAGGCUUCUUGGCGUCUGUCUUCUUGAAGGAUGGUUUGCCAUCAGCACCACCUGCCUUUUGCGCUUUGGACGACGCGUCCUUUGUCUUGAAGCUGGCGUCCGAGGCCGACCGCUUCUUCGGGUUCGUGUCUUGAGGCGCCAUCUUGUGUUUGGAGUAGCAAAACUGUGCUGCUUCAAACAAG